GGGGGCGCCGGGGGAGGCGGAGGCGGAGGAGGCACCCAUGGAGGAGAAGGAGAAGCGGGCGCUGUACGCCGCCAUCGAGAGCUUCGUCCGCAAAGGCUGGAACGGCUCCGGCCUCUUCCCUGACCCCUGCGGUCAGACUCCCAUACAGGGGGUGUCAUGUGACCUCUUCAAUGGGAUGUGGUACCCGACAGUGAUGAGCAUCGGUCCAGUGCUGGACAACUCGCUGCAGUGCGCCCCGGACGCCAAGUUCAGCCCGCAGCUGUUCGACCUCCGGCGCCUCAAGAGCCUCUCCUUCUACGCCUGCUUCCCGGCGACCAACCCCACGCCGAAAGUGAACCGAGGGAGUAAUUUAUUUAGGACCACACGACUCAUUCCUACCUCAUCAUCAACAAACGGCAGAACACACAGACGUUAGACACGUGUCAAGUAAA